CUCACGGGCCACAAACACAAUCUGCCUCAAAUCAUUAUAUACAUCACCCAUGCAACUCACGGGCCAGAAACACAAUCCUCAGUCACAGCAAUGGGGCAGCACCACUUCCUCAUUAUAUCACAUCCACUGCAAGGCCACAUCAACCCAGCCCUCCAAUUAGCCAAGCGCCUGAUCAGAACCGGCGCCCACGUCACAUUCGCCGUCUCCGUCUCCGCCCAUCGCCGAAUGCCCAAAGAUCCGACCCUCCCCGGUUUAACCCUAGUCCCCUUCUCCGAUGGCUAUGAUGAUGGGUUAAAGUACUCCAAUGAUCAUGCCCAGCACUAUAUGUCCGAGAUCAAGCGUUGUGGAUCAGAAACCCUCAGGCGGAUCACUGCAAUGAGCGCUGACCAAGGCCGACCAGUUACUUGCUUACUGCACACCAUCCUCCUAACCUGGGCGGCAGAACUGGCGCGUAGCCUUCAGGUUCCGUCGGCGCUUCUUUGGAUUCAGAGCGCCACUGUUUUCACCAUUUACUAUCAUUACUUCAAUGGUUAUGGUGAUGUGGUUGGAGACUGCAGCAAUGAGGGUUCAAGUCCAAUUGAGUUACCGGGGCUUCCAAUACUGCUGUCUAGCUGUGAUAUUCCGUCUUUUUUACUCUCUUCAAACAUAUAUGCUUCGUUGCUCUCAACAUUUCAAGAGGAAAUGGAGGCACUAAGGCAAGAGACGAACCCCAAAGUGCUGGUGAACACCUUCGACGCACUGGAGGCCGAGGCGCUACGAGCUGUGGAUAAGGUUAAAUUGAUUGGAAUUGGACCUUUGGUCCCAUCUGCUUUCUUAAACCUACUAUUUGUCUCUCUCAUCUCUUUCUAUUGUGGUUGUCAAUAAUGUCGGUACAAUAAUAGAUGAAUUGUAUUUUGAGGUCA